UGUUUGCUCUAGCUGCAAAGCUUCGGGCCAGCGGUUUUCGCGUCUCGGCCCCGGUAUUUAUGAGUGCUCUUUUGGGAAAGAACAAUUUUUAAGAUGAAGUUUCGCUAUCUUUUAGUAUCAGCGUUCUAUCCCACAGUCUAUACCUGGACAAUCUCAUAACUGUCACGUAGCUCGUCCUUUGAUUGAACCAGCUGUUAGUGCAUGAUAGCGAUGCCAUCAUUGCGCAAAAGAACAAAAAUACAGACGGAGAAUGCAGAGCCCAGAGACGAGUGUUCAUCCUUUUCUGAGUUGUCAUCUGGCUCUGAAGAAGACAACAAGGAAGACAGCAUUUGGGAACCUCAGAAGAAAGUCCUCAGAAAUCGUAGACGACCUGCUUCCAAGGGAUCCAAACGGAAGCAGGGGCCUAGGGUGAAGAAGAGCGCCCAACAGGUGCAUGACAUCUCAAAAGAUGUGGCUGUCAAGGAGGAGUUGAACAGCCCAGUGGCUAUUGUUAAUGCCAAUUUGGAAGAGGAAAAUCAGAAGUUGCAUACGACAAACACUCUGAAAACUGCAGCAAAAAAGCAAAAAAACGCAGGUCACGGGGCCAAAAAAAGGUUGAAAGUUGAUGAGGAAACCAACCAAGCCAGCCCCUUCGAGGGUGGAGAGAGCAAUGUGGAGGCCCCCUCAACAAGCGAGGACAGAGACAUGUGCAAGAAGGAGAGUGAGGACAGCUUCACCUUUGAGCAGUCCCCAUUAAAGAGGAUCAAGACUGAGUCAUGUCCUCAGGGGAGGCCUGCCAGGGUGCCCGGGGCCAGCGACAUUAAGGAGGAGGUGGAAAUGAACUGGGACAUAGUGCAGGUUUUAUCUGAGAGAACUAACAUUGAACCUUGGAUUUGUGCCAACAUCAUACGCCUCUUUAAUGAUGACAAUACAAUUCCCUUCAUUGUACGCUAUCGAAAAGAGCUUAUUAAUAACCUUGAUGCUGAUUUCUUAAGAGAAGUUCGUCAAACCCUAGAUGAGCUACGGGAUGUUGCAAAGAAGGUUCAUAGUAGAAUCCAGAAAAUUAAGAAGGAGGGGAAGAUGUCUGAGUGCUUGCUACAAGCCUUGUUGAACUGUAAAACAUUUGAAGAACUAGAGCAUGUGUCUGCUCCAUAUAAAAUGGGGAGCAAGGGCACCAAAGCCCAGAGAGCAAAACAGUUGGGAUUAGAAGGAGCAGCAUGGACACUGCUGGAGAACCCAGGGCAACUCAACCUCCCGUCUUACAUCAGGCCUGAUGUUAAAGGCCUUUCUGAGCUCAAGGAUAUCGAAACAGGAGUACAGCAUAUUUUAGCAGACAUGAUUGCAAAAGACAAAGACACACUUGACUUCAUUCGGGACUUGUGUAAACAUAGAUACAUUUGUAUCCAGUCAUCUCUUGCAAAAGUAUCCUCAAAAAAAGUAAAUGAGAAAGAAGUUGAUAAGUUUCAGCUUUACCAGAAUUUUUCCUGCAACAUAAGAAACAUCCACCAUCACCAGAUUCUGGCCAUUAACCGAGGAGAGAAUCUGAAGAUACUGACAGUCAAGGUCAACAUUUCUGAUGGAGUGAAGAAUGAAUUCUGUCGGUGGUGUAUACAAAACAGGUGGAGGCCACGUGGCUUUGCACGGCCAGAGUUAAUGAAGAUUUUACAUAAUUCACUAGAUGACUCCUUUAAACGUCUCAUUGUUCCUCUCCUCUGUAGAGAGCUCAGAGCCAAACUGACCUCGGAUGCAGAGAAGCAAUCAGUCAUGAUGUUUGGACAGAAUCUCCGCCAGCUCCUUUUAACCAGUCCUGUUCCAGGCCGCACCCUGAUGGGAGUGGAUCCUGGCUACAAACACGGAUGCAAACUAGCCAUCAUUUCUCCUACUAGUCAGAUACUUCAUACUGAUGUGGUUUAUUUGCACUGUGGACAAGGUUUCCGAGAGGCAGAGAAGAUCAAGAGGCUUUUGCUGAAUUUCAACUGCAACACAGUGGUGAUCGGAAACGGAACUGCCUGCCGGGAAACUGAAGCUUACUUUGCUGACCUGAUAAUGAAAAAUUACUUUGCACCGCUGGAUGUUGUUUACUGCAUCGUGAGUGAAGCAGGGGCCUCUAUCUACAGUGUCAGCCCUGAAGCUAACAAGGAGAUGCCGGGGCUGGACCCUAACUUGAGAAGUGCAGUUUCCAUAGCAAGGCGUGUUCAAGAUCCAUUAGCUGAGCUAGUGAAAUUUGACCCGAAGCACAUUGGAGUUGGAAUGUAUCAGCAUGAUGUAUCCCAGACAUUACUCAAGGCCACACUGGACAGUGUUGUAGAAGAAUGUGUCAGCUUUGUGGGAGUGGAUAUUAACAUCUGUUCUGAGGUUUUAUUAAGGCAUAUUGCAGGACUCAAUGCCAAUAGAGCCAAAAAUAUUAUUGAGUGGCGAGAGAAAAAUGGGCCUUUCAUCAACCGAGAACAGUUGAAGAAGGUAAAAGGGCUUGGUCCAAAAUCCUUCCAGCAGUGUGCUGGCUUUGUCAGAGUCAACCAGGAUUACAUCCGGACAUUCUGCAGUGGUCAGCACACUGAUUCUUCAGGCCAGAGCCAGGAAGCUGCCAUGGUCACAAAAGAGAAGCCCGGCAAGAAGAAGAACAAAGCAGAUGUCGCCCUCACACCAAACCCACUGGACGAGACUUGCAUCCACCCGGAGUCCUAUGACAUAGCAGUCAGAAAUAAUGACUCUGAGACUCAAAUAUAUUUAUGAAGACCUAGGCCAUAAGCUGUGGCUCUUCCCUGACUAGCUCAGAAGUUAACGUGGCUGGUUACCUCUGUCCAGCUCUCAUGUGUCUCUCCUUCUUCAUGUCUGGGGUAAGUACUCUCAGGCCUGACUCUAUUGCAGAAUCUUUUCCGUCCACCGGAUGUCCCGCCUUCUGUUUUACCCUUUCCUAUAGGCCAUAGGAUUUUUAUUGACAGGUGACGUGUCUAUGCAGUCCAUAAGAGAUUUUCUCUAUAAUUCAUCCUUUUAGCCCAGUAAAAGGCUCUUUAUCUUACAUCAAUAAACUAUAUACAAUAGUAACUAAUAUGAAACUAUCAGGUAAAAUUUACACAUAUGUAUUGGCAACUUUGGGUAAAGUACUCUAUUAUCCUAUUUAGCCUUGUUUCCCAGUAUAUCUGACAGACUUUUUGUGAAGCAGGAAUUAUGAAGGACUUGCCUACCUUGUCCCUGCAAAGCUCAACAGUUGACUUCUCUGUGUCCCAUUUGUCCAUUUUGGACGUCAUUCUGUCUACAUAGUUGAGACAAGAGCAUUUUUUUGUCCAGUAGCAACUUACCACAUUUGAAGCAAGCUCCAUAAAGAGAUUCUUUGAUACUCACCAUCUGCUUUAAAGUGGAAUGGGGUAUUGUCAGGAGCAGACCUGUGUCAUCAAAAAAAAAAAAAAAAAAGCCUAAAGUAAUAAAACAUCUUUAAAUGCCAUAGUCUGUGGAUCUCUAGGAUUUUGAAGACACCAUAUAUCUAUCUGUAGUACAUCAGAAUUGUUUAUUUCUAGUUCACUACAACCUAAAUAACCUUGAAAACAUCUACAGGAGAUUAAGUAAAACUUAUUCUUGUAAAUAACUACACUAGUACCUACAGGACCAUACAUCUAAUUGGCUAUUAACUUGUAUUUCUAAUUAUCUUAAAUAGUUUGUAAUAGCAGAUUUCAAAAGGACCAGAACUUAGCAUUGCAUUUUUAAAUGAAUUGCAUAAGUAAAAUAUCAUAGCAUGUUGUAGCAAAAUAGGAUAAAUCUGUAUCAAUAUACAAAGAUCUAUACCAAUGCAACAAAAUACAACCUCAAUUUUAUAUCAAUAUACAGUGUAAGAUUUUUUGCUUAUAAACGUUCUUUUGUUGGUUCCCUGAUUCGAUCAUAACUUAAUAUCAUAUUUUUUCUGAUCUAAAUUCUGCCAUGUGGCUAGUCACCUCUGUUCAGCCCUCGUGGGUCUCUCCUCCUUCAUGUCCGAGGGUGAAUCCUUUCUGCCUACUGGAUAUCCCACCUUCUAUUGGACACUUUUCUGAAGGCCAUGGGAUAUUUAUUGACAGAUGAUGUAUCCAUAUAGUACUCCAGAGAUUCUCUUACUAUUCUGAAACUUCAUAGUGAGGAAACACUGAACCUAAGCAAGACCAAAACCCAGCUGGGCAGACUCCAAACUCUGCACCUCCAUGCCUGUGUCCAACUCCUUUCAGCUUUCUCGACUGCAACACAAUCCUUUGUCCUGGGCUGGUUCCACUCCCUGUCAGCAGCUCUCCUUGGCAGGCAUCCCACAGCUCUGGCCUCUCUAACAUCUAGGGUCUCUGAGGCAACUUCAACUUCACAGCUUCUUUUUCCAAUGUCCAGGAUCCACACACUAUCUUCUGGCUCCCAAAGGGCUUGGUCACUUCUAUAGUACUGCCCUCUGUAGCACACUAGGCUCUGGUUGACUCCACUCCAUUGCUUCUGCUGUUCUUGGUGGUCAUCCCAUGGUGUUGGCGUCUCCAAUUUGCUGGGAUCUUCAGCUGCAAUUAGCCUUCACCGAUAUCCUUUCACAGGCUCUCUUCAUGGUCCCAAGCCUCAACUUCUUUGCAUGAUCCCUUCCUUCCUGAGCCAUCAACUGCAGCUGAGGUGGCACCUUCACAGUGGCCUUCCCUGCCCUCUCACAGUGCCAGGCCUCAGCUGCUCUCCAUAACCCCUUCAAGUCUUCAAAGCAAUACCACCUGAGUGAUUUUUUUUUUUAACACAUUGUCAAGUCCAACAGAAAGCAUGAGGUCUGUCUCUGGAACAGCUUCUUCAUGCUCUCAGAAAACACUUCUAGAAAAUUUGACCUCAGCAAUGUUGGUCUCUUCUUAGUCACCUCUAAUUUUUUAGCUCCAGCUGACCAGCAUCAGUUGUCCCAGUAACCUGAAGAUAGAUUGAUAGAGCUCACACUGCCAUGUUUUACUACUCGCAGGGCUGGGCCAUAGCCUCUUGUUCUGUUCUAUCCUCACCAGCUCUCUGUGCUCAGUGGUUUCCUUCACAUCCUAUGUCUGUGAUGGAACUUGCUCAGUAGAUUGACCUUGAUCUCACAGAUGCCUGUCUCUUGAGUGCUAGAAUCAAAGUCGUGUGCUACUGCGCCUUCACCUGAGCUUUUUCCUGUUAACCUGAAACUUGCUCUGUACUGGGCUGGCCUUGAAAUCAGAGAUCAUCUGCUUGCCUCUGUCUCCUAGAAUUAAAGAUUUGUACCAACAUGAGUGGACCUAAGCUUUUCUUUAAUUCCUCUUCACAAGAUCUUUUGAGUUCUGGGUUGAAUUCAUUCCACAACUAGUUAAGUUGACAACUGAGAAUAGCCAUCACAACUCCUGCCUUGUCGGUUUGACACUAUCAUAUACCUCCUUAUAUCCAAAUGAAAGCAGUAAGCUGGUCAUAAUGCCUAACUCUCCCCUGUUCAACUGCAAACCCAUAACAAUAAGUUUAGCUGGAUAGGUCUCGCCCUGGGUCACCAUUCCCUUAAUUCCAUUUGAUGUUAUUGAACACGGGAUUUAGGUCCAUUUUACUAUUGGUGCCCCUUUACUCUUUGAACCAUACUUUUUCUAUUUUUCCUUCCUAAGCUUGCUAUAUGUGAUCAAAAGACUCUUUAUAAGAAAGAACCAUAGGGCAGAGUAUAUGCUAGGCCUUUUUGAGACCCCCCUCCCUCAAUACAGCCAAUCUGAAUCUUUUCACCUUAGCCUCAGGCAGACUCUUUAGACAAGGCAAAAGGCAUUUACACUCUUCACCAAAAUAUCACAAGAAUGAUCUCUAGACUUAGAUUUUUUUCAAAAUCUACUUUGUUUAGUGUUCUUAAAUGCUUCAGCCUCCCUUCUAACCCACCAAUUAGAGGUAGGGGGAAAAGGUUAGUAGUAAAAUGGAGAUGUAGACCUGUUUAGAAAUAGUUCUCAGGGGUGAUUCCACUCUUUGUUGUGAGGAUACCAGCAGUCCCCUGUGGGUCAGUAGACCGUGCCCUCAGAUAGAAAGCUGGGUAAAGUAGUGGACUCAGAAACCCUGGUGCCCUCAGACCUGAGGACCGUGAGUGUUUCAUCUACUCUCAACCAGGGUCCUGUCCUGGAACAUGUGACUACAACAGACACCCCAUGGAGAGGACUGUGACAAUUAGUCACAUAGAGGCAGCACCCCUCCACAUGCAGAUGACAGUCCGACAUCCCUAACAACAGACCAAGCCAAUAGGAAGCAUCUGCUUUUAGACCCCACCCACCCCAAAUGUAUAUAACACCGUGUCCUCAAGGAGUAAAGUGCACAGGAGUUAUUUCAUCGGCCUUCUGAGAGCAUCAUAGAGAGCUGUAACACUUCGGGGAAGAGAAUUCUUUCCCAAAGCUUGUACUGCUGAAAGCUGCUCGAGCCUACCUUGGCCCUUGGUUACCCACUGCUCUCUGCUGGCCUGCUGCUUAACGUCCUGCAGAAGACACCAGCUUGCCUCGAUCUGACUCCCCCUCCCCUUCAGAGAGCGAAACUCUUUGGCCUGCUGGCCACAAGGCCAGAGCCCUACAGAUCACUGCAGAUAGUGUCUGGUACACAGAACUGGUGACCAUAUGGGUCGAAAGCAGCUGCAAGUCUGGGCUCUCCCCAAAGGGGGCUGCCCCAUGUCUCAGCUAAUAGGGCUGCCAAUGCCCCCCCCCCAUUAGCAACAGACAUAAAGAUUGCUUUUUUUCUAUCCCUCUCUAACCUCAAGACUGCGAACACUUUGUGUUCUCAGUAGCAACUCUGGCCUAGCCCCAUGGUAUGAAUAGAUUGUUCUCCCUCGGGGAAUAACUAACAGUCCAACCCUUUGUCAGGAGGCUGUGACCACAGCAUUAAAGCCUUAUUUAAAUAAAGGAUUCACUAUAUAUCAGUAUAUGGAUGACAUCUUGAUAUGGGGAGAUUCUUUUACCUCCUCCUCCCAACUUAAAGACCAGCUAAUACCUUCCCUAUCGGCCCCUCAUAAAACUCAACUUAUUCUGCUCAUAGCGUUUUUAGGAACAGAAAUCUCCCUCACCUCAUUACACCCCUCAAACCUACCCUCUCCUCCCCUCAAAAAUUAACUGUAGCCUCCCUCCAGAGCUUUUUGGGUAAUCUUAUCUGGUUUUGACCCUCCCCCUUCCCACAAGCACCUUUCAUUCUCUCUUUAACCUUCUAAAAAAAGAUAAAAGGCCCUCCUUCCCAAGAACACUGUCUGCUAAAGCAACCCAGGCUCUAAAAUUCAUCAGUGCAGCCCUAAAAGGUAUGGCUCUUGCUAAGUAUGACCCAUAAUGCCCAUACAGCUCCUUUGAUUCCUCCCCUAUACCAACCCCAGAGGUGCUAAAAUGGCUCCACAACCCAAUGGGUGGUGCAUCCUGAAUUCUAAAUGUGGUGGAUGCACUCAUUAAUAGGAUUAAAAAUGGCAGGGACAGAGUCCCACACACCUUGUGAAAAGAACCUGACAUUCUCGUCACCCCGUUUUCCCUGAUACUCAAUGGCUAAACAAAAAUCACUCCCAUUUGUUAUCAGCUUAAUAGGAUUCUCAGGGCAGAUUGACAACCUUUAUCUUGAUGAAAAGGGGUCUGUGCCCUCCCUUUGUUGUGGUGGCUACACCUGAAACUCUUUUCAAACAAGCCCAUGGUUGGAGCCUCCUCAGUUUUUACCCAUGGGGGAGAUAUGGGCACCGCAGCAAUAAUGUACUACUGUAUACCAGACGCUACCUGCAGAGAUCUGCAGGGCUCUGGCCCGGCUGGCACAACCAAAGAGCUGUGUUCUGUGAAGGGGAGGGGACGGAAAGCACUACAUCACAGCAUGCAGGAAGACAUGAUGCUGGAGGAGCCUCAAGUGCUACAUCCUGAUCCAAGGGCAGCCAGGAGACGAUCUUCUACAUGUGGCAGAGCUCGAGCACUCAGAGACCUUUUCCACCUACACAGCUUCACACUUCCUCCAACAGGGCCACAACUAUUCUAAGCAGACCACACCUCCAAAUAUUGCCGGUGCCCAUGGGCCAAGCAUUUUCAAACCACCACAUAGUUUUUAGCACUGGUUCCUUGUGAUGGAUCCCUAAAAAUAGUAUUGCUUUGUCAAAGGUUAGCUGCUAUGGCUAUUCCCAUACACUGCUAAGUAACACACUUGCUUGUUACACUUUCAACAGUCUUCACACCAGUGUAGUCCUCAUUUCCUGUUACACAGGCUUUCUGCCAGUUUUCCCAUGAACCAGUUUUCACCUGUGGAAUAUAAAUGCCCAACUGGUGAUUACACUGCUCUCUAUGCUUCCUUUUGGUGUAGUCUAGUUGACCAGAAGCAAGACAAUUGUAGACUAUUUGAUAGGGAAUUUCUUUUAUAUGCAAUUCCCCUCCUAACCUUAGAAAUUUAGAGACGAAAUGAGCAAUUUCCAUGGUGUAUAAUUGUCCAGUCCUGAACUACAAUAGUGACCUCUGGCUUUCACAUACUUUGUCUAAAUGACACUCAACACAGACAGUUCCUGUGAGUCUUAACCAUUGAGCUCUCUCAGCUUCCCAAAGUGCUUUUUUAUCCGUACUUGACUGAGUCUUUGCAGAGACUUGACCUGUAAAUGCAGAGGCCUAACUUCACUAUUCUUACCAUAUUUGUGUGAUUCAUUCUUUCCUGUUUGCCUAUUGGACUCUUGAUAUAUUGAAGUGUGUCAUUGGAUGAGCCGAAAACUUAGUCUCUAUUGUUUAUCUUUUGUAUUUGCUCACAGUUUAGAAAUAAGAUUGUUUAUGAACUGAUCUUUUUUCUGAUUUUGUAAGAUGGGACUUCUUUUAAUAUCCUUAUCUCAGGGAACCCUUGUUUCCUUAACUUUUUUAUGUUCCUUAAGGUUCCAAUAUUUACACCAGAGAUUUUGUUGGUGUGAUUUUAUUCAACACUUGAAAUGCAGUCGAAAGAUGAACAGAAGUAACAUAUUCACUCAAUCUGCAUACUAAAAUAGGAAGAAGUUAGACUCCCAGGAACUGAAGGGCAGACCAUAGUGUUAAUUAUUGGAGACUCCUGGUGUUAUUCUUGCAGGGAAAAGAAUUCCUUUCCAGAAAGGGAUGUUUUGUGGAUUCACACAAUUGAAACAGUGACAUCUUCAGUAGACAUUUAAGUAGUUCAGUCAGUAAAAAGUGGGAUUGGGUUUUUAACAGGUUAGAGGAAGGAGACUGUCAUUCAAGCUAAUUUAAAGAGUUGUUGAUAGAGCAGUAAGAAGAGUAAACAUUCAUUGGUUACUUCCUCAUUACUAAGCAUUUUAGUGUAUACAGGUCACAACAAACCCCCCCCCCCCAAAAAUUGGUGCUUUUAUUAUUCCUAUUACAGGCUAAGUCUCAGAGGAAGAAAGGAAAUCACCUGAGACAACUCAGCUUAGCAGAACCAAGAUUCAAACCAGAUCAACUGCCACUCAAAGCCUGAUCACACUUUACCAGAUCACACUUUUAAAACUGGAGUCAGAUUUGAAUGUUAUCACCAUGGUAGUGGUUGUUUAAGAGUGUGUUGUUCUCUUAAAGACGUUGUAUGGUGUUGACAGAAAAGUAAGGUCCCCCAUAAGGAAGAAGAAUGUGUGUCUGGAGUAUCCGCCUUGGAUAUUCUCUAACAACCUUGACUGAUAGCAUCCUUCCUAACGGGGUAACCCCUUGUUGGGAAUUUUCCAAGGGGUCCUCGUGUAGGCACCGAUAUCAAAUUAAUAUCAGCCAUCUCUGGUCAGCAGUAGAGAAACCAAUCUGCAAAACACUUAAACAACUUUGCUCUGAAGAUAGACAUUAAUAACCCAGAUAUCAAACUCAGAGCAGAUAGAUAAACAAACAAACAAACCCAGAAGGGACAAAUAUAUUAUUUUGGCAAACUUCUAAAGAUGAUCAGAGACUAAAACUAACAGUAUUUAUAAAUAAUAUUACAUUGAAGACAUGGUAGACACUGGAGCAGACAUAACCACAAUCUCUCCAAAAUCUUGGCCUCAAGAUUGGCCACUUCAAGAGGUAGAUAUACUAAUUCUAGGGCUUGAAACUUUAUCCCAGAUAAAACAAAGUGGCUUAAGAGUAUAGAGCCAGAAUGUCAAAGAGGUAACUUCAGGCCAUAUGCAACAACAUAGCCAUGAAUUAAUGGAGAAGAGAUCUAUUGCAACAACAGCAAUCAUGGAUUAGCAUUCCUCCAUUAUCAGGAACAAAGUGUAAAAUGAGAGAUGUUCCUGGUGAAGGAAUCAAAAAAUGUAUUAUCAAGAACAGUCACGGACUGUCCAACUUACCCUUAAGCAGGACUCAACAGAGGCUAACUCUUCAACUUUCUGUGGAGGAACCAAUGUUGGCAGAACACCAAUGGCCCUACCACUACAGUAGUUAACUAGCAUGCGUUUUGGGGUAGAACAAUGGCCUAUGAAAGAAAAAUUACAGGCACUAGAACAGCUAGUCUAAGAGCAACUGGAGGCUCAACAUAUAUAAAAGUCUGCCAGCCUUUGGAAUUCUCCUAUAUUUGCUAUUUUUAAAAAAUCUGGCAAAUGGAGGAUGUUAACAGAUCUGAGAGCAGUCAUUAAAAUCAGCCAGCCCAUGAGCUCUCUACAGCCUGGAAUUUCAUUGCCUUCAUUGUUACCUAAGGCAUGGCCUAUCAUAGGGAUUGGUUUGAAAGAUUGCUUUUUCACAAUCCUUUGCAAGAGCAUGAUAAAGUUUUGUUUUCUCUGUACCUAAGUAUAAUAAUAGUUGUCCAAUAAAAAGGUAUCAUUGAAAAAUGCUUCCACAAGGAAUGUUAAAUAGUUCUACCUUAUGUCAAUAUUCUGUACAACAGCCAUUAGAAAUACUGUAUACACAGUUUCCUCAAUCCAUAAUUUGCCAUUAUAUGGAUGAUAUAUUACUAGCUGAUUCAGAUGAAAAUUCCUUAGGAAAAAAUGUUUGAAGAGAGUUUUGCUUUGUUUGGGAUUACAAAUCACUCCUGAAAAAAAUACAAAGUAUUUUAAUUAUAUAGGAUAUAGGAUAGGACUGCAAAAAAUCUAGCCAUAGGAGUUACAAAUAACGAGAGACCAGUUAAAAGCUCUUAAUGGUUUUCAAAAAUUAUUAGGGAUAUUAAUUGGCUAAGGCCCACAAUUUGAUUAACUACUCAAAACCUAAGUAAUUUAUUUUAAACCUUAUAAGGUAAUGAGGGCUUAACUAGUCCAAGAAAAUUAUCAGCUGAGACUUAGAGAGAAUUGGCCCUGUUAGAAAAGAAAUUACAAGAUGCACAUGUAGAUUGUUUGGGCCCAAUGACAUGAUAUUUUGCCUUCUACUCAUUCUCCUAUGGGAAUUCUUAUACAGAAAGAAGAUUAUAUCUUAGAUGGAUAAUUUCAGCAUACAAACAGAGUUAAAAAAUCAAAGACCUAUGUAGAAAAAGUUUCUGAAUUGAUUCUGAAAGGAAAACUGAUACUUCAUCAAUUACUAGGACUAGACCCAGAAGAAAUUGUAGUACCUCUCAGUAAGGCUGACAUUUCCUCCUGGGCAGAAAGUGAACGUUGGCAAAGGGUUUUCAGUAAUUAGGGAGAAGAAACUAACAACAAAUACCCAAAAACAAGUGACUUCAGUUUAUAAAAAGAACUGAUCGGAUUAUUUCUCAUGUAGUAAAAGGGAUACCAAUUUCUAGAGCCUCUACAUUCUACACUGAUGUACGUAAGUCAGGAGAGGCAGGUUAUAAAUCGGGGGAAAUAAAGUAAAGUGGUUCAGAGCCCUUUUGUUUCAGUCCAAAUAUUAGAGCUGCAUGCCAUUCUUAUGGCAUUGUUAGAUUUUUCUAAAUAUCUUAUUGUAGUCACUGACUCUCACUAUGCAGAAAGAACGGUUUUGCACAUGGAGACUGCUAAACUUAUUCAGGAUGGUUCAGAAUUAGCUUCAUUGAUUAUUCAACUACAAUAGUAAUCAGAAAUAGAAGUCAUCCAUUGUAUAUAACACAUAUCAGACACUGUAUAAAUCUGCCAGACCCUCUAGCACAAGGUAAUAAUGAAAUUGAUCAACUAUUAAUAGGAAAUGUGCUAGAAGCUUCAGAAUGUCAUAAAGACAUCAUGUUAACAGCAAAGGUUUAAGGAAAGAUUUUUCCUAUCACUUGGCAACAAGCCAAGGAAAGUAUAAGGAAAUGUCUUGCUUGUUCUUUAUAUAACCAAACUCCAUUACCUGUAGGGAUUAACCCAACCAGCAUACAAAGAAAUGAAAUUUGUCAAAUCGGUGUGUUUCAUUUUGCAGAGUUUCAAAAAUAAAAGUAUGUGCACCAUGCCAUAGGUACACCGUGAAUGCAGGAUUUCAGUGAGCAACUGUUCAGUUCUAGAAAGGUUGAUUCUGUAAUUACACAUUUAUUAGAUGUUAUAGCUAUUAUGGGCUUGCCUGUACGAGUUAAUACUGACAGUUCUCUAGCAUAUGUCUCUAGUAAAAUGAAACAACUUUUUGCAUAUUACAAUAUAAAGCAUAUUACAGGUAUACCACACAGCCCUUUAGGAUAAGCAGUUGUAGAGAGGUCUAAACAUACUUUAAAAGAGAUUCUUAAUAAACAGAAAGGGGUAACAAAUACCCCCAGGGAGAGAUUGCAUAAUGCUUCAUUUACUUUAAAUUUUUGAAUGCUAAUGAACAAAAAAUACAACAGCUGCUGAGAUAUUGGAUUAUGGAAAAAACUGCCAAAUCAGAACAGCCUGUCUAUUUUAGGCCUUAUCUUCAGAAUGGAAGGAAGUAAGAAAAUAAAUGUGUUAAGUUGGGGAAGAAUUUUGCCUGUUUCAACAGGAGAAAAAGAAAAAAGAACAAAAAAAAUCUAUGGAUUCCAACAAAAUUAAUAAAGAUUAGAUUUGACCAGGGGAAACCUCCUGAAAGUCUUGACUCCAGAUGGGAAGGGAGACAACAAAACAGGCAACGUGAAUGCUGGUGCCUCUACCUGGAGCAGCUCUGAGGCUGGCUGACACAUGCAGAUGUCUCCAGCCAGGACUUCAGCUAAGCAAAGCCAGGAAAACUUGUUGGCUACAGAGUCCUAAGGAUUUAUCAUGCCAUUCUUUCAAGUGGCAUAGAUAGAAACUUGUAUUAUAGUUUGGUUAUAUAGUCCAAGCUAUCUCCCAAAAAUGGACAGCUGCCUUACCUGCUUUAAGAAAGAACGGAGAAUCAUCUUUAGCUGUUUUGUCCACACUGCGCAUUCCAUACAUAUGUUAAUGAAGAAAUACAUAUUGCCUUUGAAAGUUCAUUUCCAGAACAAAAGGACCAGCCCUAAAGAGGAAAAGGCCAGGAGCCCAGAUGGCCAUCCUCACAGACUGCCUCAUAGCAGUUUGCUCCAGAGUCUGCAUCCAGAGGAGCUCCAAGUGCACAGAGUGUGCACCUGGCCCUGCACCGAGUGUCAGCAUCGCUUCCUAACUGGGCUAUGCAGUGAGCGACCAGGCUCCCGCCCCUUCUUCCCUGCCCCGUCCACUCUUCCUAACCAGCAGACGUCAGCAGCCUUUCCACAAGCAUGUCACUCUGCAGCUCCAAACCCAGCUAUGAGUCUCACUGAGGUGAAGACCAUCCCUUCUGAUAGCCCCAAGUAAUGGUGUCAGAUAUGGCGGAAUAGAGCCGCAGUCUUCACUGACGGAGGACACCACGGUAAGGUAUGGGUGGCAAAAACAGUAUGAACCCAGAGACUCUUGUGGAGGACAGCGUUUAAGAGGUGUGGAAGUGAGACUCUGAAAAGCUAGAGUCACCCUGUGUCCCUUUGCUCUUAAGGUUCUCAGGAACAUCACUGUGUGUGGCUCCUAAGUUUACUCUUCCACCACCCGUCCAGAGUUCGGAUUGCAUCGGAUGCCUCCACAGCACUUCACGUCCAGCGUUUAGAAUUGAACACCAAUCUUUCCUGAAAUCUUGCUCCAACCACAACCACCUUUCAGAUAAUUUCAGUUCAUCAUUCAGUUUCUCAGUACAAAAGCUUGGAAAUUGAUCUAGUGAGAUGGCUUUCAUCAUGUACAGUUAGAGAUACCUUUUAGCUUCAGGAUGGCCUCUUACUAAUUAUUGACCUCUAGUCCAGUGUCUGAGACCGCUUUAUACUCCUGCUUCCUUAGGCUUCUGGAGAAUGUAGAUCACCACAGUGCCAAGUGAUGAAUAAAACCACCAACAGCCAAAUUCAUAUGCUAAACACUGAAACCAUUAAAAACAAAAGUAGGGGCUGGACAGAUGGCCCUGUAAAAAAAGUAGCACUUGCUACUUUUCCAGAGAACUCAAGUUCACUUCCCAGCACUCACAUGGGAUAGCUAUAGCCACCUGUCACUCCAAGGGAUCUUUUGACCUCAAUGGGCACCUUGCACAACAUACACACAUAUAAAGACAAACACUCAUACACAUAGAAAACAAAUAAAAAACAAAAACACUGAACUGAUCUUAGAGAUCAUACAUGUGUAUAAAAUCAAAAGAAGUAGGAUUAAAUUUAAACUUUGGCAUUAAAUGCCUUAUAUUGAUGUGACCAUGAUUUCUCCAAUAGACUUGGGUGGCCAAAAAAGAAAAGGAAAAAAAAAAAAAAAGACCCCGUAAUAGCAUAAAGUUGUGACUGUCUACAGUUGUUCUUGAACCCGUACUAUAAAUGAUGUAUCUUUGUCAGGCUGUUAGCGAUUGAAUUAAAAGUUAGGCUGUAAGCUGCAGUUGGCUAGAGACUAAGAAUCUGGCUUACCACUGAAUCCACAGCACCCAACAGAUACUGAUCUAGCCAGUUGAAGGAAUAAGUGGCAGAAAUAGAAAAUGAAAGGGAAUGGUGUAGAAGAGCACUGAGGAGAAGAAAUCACGAACUGACAGAACACGGUGGAUGCUUAGCUUUGCUUCCCACACUCUUCUACAGUCUGAAAGGCUGAGAUCCACAGGCAAGCACAGUCACUGUGAACACUGGGCCUCUCUUUCCUGGUGUGCUUGCCUCAGCCACAUACCAACUUAGUCCGUCCUUGUGAAUCCUCUGUACCUUGACAGAGCAAUUUGUCUGUGUCCAGUGACCUCUCAGACAUCACGGAAUAGACAAGCAGAGGAAGGCCAUAGGCAUUUCUGCCUGCACUUUUUGUUGUGGAGAAAUUCUUCCAUAUCCACAUGUGAGUGGUUUGGUUGUGUAUGAUACUGUAGCCAUAAAUAAAAUUACAGCUGGGUUAUGAGUAGAAGUGGAGCCAGCACAUGUGUGCCGAGUUCCCAGCCCUUCCGUGCCUCCUCCCUCUCCUUUGUUCUGCCAUCUUGGUUGGUCUAGCAGCCGCCCACAUAUCUGAUUUCUCCCGCUCGAAUUAGGGGAGGAGGGAGCUCUGGGCUGCAGGUUCUGCCAAGGCUCUGCAUCACAUGAGAUCUGGCACUCAGCCACAGUCUGCUGUGUUAAGAAUUCAAUGCACUGCUGAUAGUCAAGCUCCAACACUACUGUGUUCUCAGUGCAAGUUGAAAAAUGCCAGGAAACUUCAUGUCAAGACUCACUCAGCACUCGUUUUGAUAAAGUAUAUGCUAUUUCCAUUUGGGCUGUUAGGCAGGAUUUUUUUAAGACUGGUUUCCAGAAAUCCCAGCAUAGCAGGAGGAAGGUAUGUGGUAUCAUUGUUGUGGCCACGUGAGCGGAUCUCAGAGACUAGCUCCUAUCAGCUCAGUACUGAAAUAUUAGAGCUAUGGAAGUUACCUUGUUACUGCAGAUUUUCCUGUUUCUGGCUCUUACGACCAAUGCAGCAAAGUAUAUUUUGAGAGCAUCAACAACUUGUAAAUUUAAAAUCAGGUCUAGGACAAGAAUAAUCACAUAAGCUGGGCAUGAAGCUUCCUUAGGUGGGGAGGAAGAAGAAGCAAUGUUGACUUGAUUUAUCGAGAAGUUGUAUUGGGGUUUUUAAGACCCAAAGUGGAACAAACCCAUCUGAUGCACACAGUGGGUAGAAGCUGCUGACCGCCACCCCUGGCUAGCAGUAGGACGGCUGGAGAAAUUCCCUGGAGGCCCUGCCUUUAUGAGGGCAGAUGGCAAGCCCCAGAACUGAGCCCUGUGCAAGGCAUUGUGCUGCUUGAACCUCUCCUUUAGAGCCAUCGAUAGAAGCUUCCUGACCUUACAGAGUUGUGCCAGCUAGGACGAGUCUCCUAACUGACAAGCAACUGUACUACAGAGGGUUUAAGUUACUUUCUGUGAGAAAAAGCAAGCAGGUGGUAAAGUGCUUGCCAUGCACGUGUGAGAUCACAGUUUGGAUGUCCAGAACCCAGUAAACCCUGGAUGUGCAUACUGACCAACCUGUGAUCCCAGCCUUGGAGAGAUGGAAACAGUGGGUCCCCAGGGAAAGCAGGCUGGGGAAAUCAGCCAAUAGUAAAUAAGGAUCUAAUUUCUCUUUGUAAUGCCCAGGAAGUUAUACUUAGCAUAUCAGAAGUGAAAGGGAGUCAGCCUGCUGAAGAACUGAAUGCCAGGGCACUCCCAGAAUUACCAUACGCCAUGCUGUUCCAACACAGCCCACUUCAGACUCCUAGUGAAACUAGUGGAGAGCCCUAGAAAGUGUAAGGGCCCUCAGACUGCCUGGCUGUUAGACCUGGGAAUGGUUUUGAAGUUGCUGGCCUUAGUUUUCUUGUCUGUUAAAUGGUUAAAAUAUUAGCAGUAAUCAGAUGGGCCUGGGAAGUUAAUGCAUGCCUUACACUCAGCUCUGGGGACACGGUAGGAGUGUACAGAUCACUUACAUUCACUGUCAUCAGGAAGGUGCUGCAGAAAGAUAUGGCAAGUCACAACAGCCUCUCUGAGGUGCUGGUGGUAGUGGGGUCCCGUCCUCUGUAAUCUGGAUGUGGUUUUCACAGUUAGCAUUAUUAAUUCCUAUUAAUACCAGCAUGCCAGCUCCUGGGACUGGGGAGAAGGCCAGUUUCUGUGGCAUCUACUGUAGAACUAUUUCUCUGCCUGCCUUCCCAGUGGAAGAGAACAAAGAGGGAGCUGCCUGUCAGCCAUGGACUUGUGUGGCUUCAGAAUCUUCUGUCAUACAAGCAUUUGGAUGUCCUUGUCCACUCUUGCUCAAGCUUAGGCCCCCUCAGUCUAGAGCCCAGCAGCACUCAGGGAAGCAUUGACUCCUUCUCCUGUUACCUUUCCUUCCUGCUCCCAGUCUAGCUCUGGGUUUGAGUCUGUCUGUCUUCUGAUUCCGUGUCAUAGGUGAGCUGCUGCCACCUCCUUCCCCACUCUGACGAGUGUCCCUAGCCCAUUCAUCAGGCAGCCAGGAAUGGUGGGCGUUAAUGGUGGAUGUUACUAAACCCCUGCUAGUUUUUGGAAAGGAACAUCACUGACAAUUGACCCUGUGGUACGAAAUCUGUCUCUUAGGAGUGUUUCCCUGUCACUUGGGCUUGUUCCAAGUAGCACCAGAGUGGCUCGCUUCAGCCUUCCCUUCUGUCAGCCGCCUGUGUGCUUCUGAAUGCUAUUUCUUUAUUUACCCUCCUCUUUCAAAUAGUCAUAGGCACUAAUCCACAUUACAGCUUUACAGGCAGUAAAUUGAAUUAGAUUAAUUCUAAACACAGUGUUUUUGAACUAUAUAGAGGCUGCAGCCUUUGAAACCACUAACUUAAUUUUGUCCAACCCUUACUCAGUAACUCAAAAAGAGCCAAAGUUUCUUUCUUUCAAAUUUGGUUUAAAAAAUAAUAAUAAAUUGCUCCCAGACAGUAGUUCUGGGUGCCAAGUUUUAUCUGCAGUCUCAAUCUUGUGUCUACACUGAAGCUCCUCUAAAGUCAGGGGCGAGGCAUGGGUGAGAUGUGUGCGUCUGAACAUAUCCCUGCCUACGAGAGGACAGGCGGAGCUGAAGUCAUCCCACCUGGCCUGGUCUCCACCCAGCCUCACGAUAUAAAUGUUUUUCAACUAAAGCUAAGCAUGUUCUUCCAAUGUAGUUUGAAUUGAUUUCAGCAUCUUGUCACAUUGUUUUAGCAAAUCUUCAUCAUUUGAGGUAGGGUGUGUGUAUUUGAGAACACCUCAGUUCACCAGGAAGGAGGUGAUCAAAAGAUGUUGAAGAUGUUGUCAUCCUGCCCUACCCCUACCAUUGUGCUUGUGCUUGCGCUCUCUCUCUCUCUCUCUCUCUCUCUCUCUCUCUCUCUCUCUCUCUCUCUCUCCCCCUCUCUCUCCCUCUCCCUCUCCCUCUCCCCCUCUCUCUCUGUCUCUCUCUGUCUCUCUGUCUCUCUCUCUCUCUCUCUCUCUCUCUCUCUCCCUCCCUCCCUCCCUCCCUCCCUCUCCCUCUCUCUCUCUCAGGUGCAGGAGAGUGGGACCAUUUCUUUAAGACUGAGAAACUCCUUAUGGCACUGGUCAACUUUUUUGUGAGGCAGUUCCUAAAACAAGAGGAGUGUGGACAUUUUCAUAUCAACAGCAACAUUGCAGUCUGGGUGUGCGCGUGGUUGUGCACAGGCAUGCGUAUGUUACUUUUGAAUUAGAGUUAAUCUCCGAUACUUACACAGCAUGAGACUCAUGGAGAGCUGUUCUGGAAUCGGUUACCAAUGCUGUAUGUGAUGUUUGUUAUUGCUGCCCUAGUUUUCCAUGCUUUGUUAAACUGUGUGCGUGCCAUCUUCAGCAUUGGGCAUUGUCUAACCAGCCCUUAAAUAGAAGGAAGUGUGCACUCAGUCUACCUAAGGUGAAAGCACAUGGCAGCUUGGUGCUCUAAAGAAGCCUGCAUUCCUCAGUCAUGGCAGCUUUCUCUUGGUUCUUGGUGACUUCUGAAACUCACUGAUGCAGGAGACUUUGUGAAGACGUUCCAGAUGGUGCCACAAAAGGACUCUCAAGUUCCCACCUAACCCAUAUAGUUCAUAGUUCAUACUGUUUAAAACUGUUCUCCGAGGAGAGCCUCAAAGAAAGCCCCGUUAUAUGUUCAGGAUAUUGAUCUGGACUGUGUUUUUAAAACCUAGUCAGCUGCAUAUUCUUAUGGAGCAUUCUCUGUUCUUUCUGUUGGUUAAAUGCUAAGAAAAGCCACUUGAAUACCAUUUUCAGUAGCGCUCUGUUGGCUUCUGUGGAGUGGUCGGUAGCUCUGGGGUCUUCUGUAAAUACACCCUACUUGGAUUUCUACUUGUGUGUGGGUCUUGUACCAGCCCAGAUUUUUAAGAUCCUGGCCCAGGUCUGUGCCUUGGUUUACCCAGGAGAAAUUUGAAAGAUGUUUAGUAAUUAUGACAGUGCAGUUCCCAUAGUUGUCACCUGAUGUGAUCACAGCUGAGGUAGUCACGUUGUCACCCCGUCCAUCAAGCCAGACCGAGCUCCUGGCGUGCAGCCCACUUGUGUAUACCAGCCGGGUCAGAGGACAGGGGGGUCAUUUUGCCAUAUUGAGUUCAAGUUUCUUCUCUCCGUUUUACUAUGAUAGAUUUGAAACUAUAUACAGUUUCUGGAGUUUUUAGAGUAGCAAACCAUUGCUGGUUGAGUCAGUGCCCCACCAUUUCGCACACAACUCCAGUUUAAAAGCCAAAUCUACCUAUGUCAUUGAAUUUCUCCAUACAUUAACAGUUGUGACCUACCCUCUCUUUUUCCUUUCAUUUCCAAAAUGGCUAUGCUCUUGUGUUUAAUUUUUUACUUGUUGAUGAGAUUCCUAUAGAACAAAUGGAUAAAAUGUGACAACUAUGGCAGUCUCUGAAGGCAGUGGCCUUUGCUUUGGUAGCAUGGCUUUCUCUCGAUGGGCUGUAAACCGUAUGUGCUCUUUGUAAAGUGAUGGUGUUAUAUCACCGAGGUUCUGAGCUCUGCAGGGUGUCAUGUUGCUCUAUGUAACAAACCCCUCAGCGUCUAAAUCCCUGUGCUGGAAAUGAUUACAUAAAUCUGAAUGGCCAUUUCCAGAGUUCUACGAAUCUGGAGAAUUCCUUAAUCUUUGGGGGAAGAGUUUUACAAAGACUUUUUCUUUGUGAAGAAGGACCUGGCCUUUGUAGCAAGUUUCUGUUGGAAACGUCAGCAGCGUUAGCUUGUGUAACUGCUUGGAAAGUAAGUGUGCUGUGUGCUGCGCUGCGCUCUAACUCUGUGCAGAUGUGCGCUAGGAGAACACGAUGUGCUCAUUUGUUGCAUUUAUGCUACUUUCUUACUUUAAGUAAGAUGGAUGAAAUUACAUAUUAAAUAAAAACAGCAGCCUUAGCAAAUGGAAAAAGCCUUGCAGAGACAGUAGAGAGCAAGGCGAUGGCUUUAAUAACUCAUCGACUCGAGAGAACUGUCUUUUUAGAAGCUUGUGCAUAAUAACUUCUUUGUGGGAUUUCCUCAGUGCUAACUGUCUAAUGGUCAGAAGUGAUCUGCCAUUAAAUUGUGUUGGCACGGUAUUACCCAACACAUCAUGUUUCUGUCUUGGCCAAAUCCAACAGUAAUUGUCUACAUGCACUCAGGGGCAUGGAUACCUGUGUGAUACGAAACUCCACUGCACAGGAGUGGCUGCAUGGCCUUGGGCAGCCUGAUGUUUCUCAUGUUGAGGCUGCUGCUGUACUAAGUGGUGAUACGCAGCUAACACAGCACAGCGUGGUGCGCAUUGGUCACUAUGUGCUCGUUCUAGGCUCCGAGCGUCUGACUUCCCUUUUACACUUUGGAGUUAGAAAGUUCUUUGUGUUGGGCAUGCUUCUCACUGCUGGAGGGAGCUUUAGAAUGUAGAGGAUACUUUUCUUGUGUUACUGCAGAAGCCAGGUCUGAUGAGUGACUGCAGCAUGAAGCCCCUCCUCCCAUCCUGGGCUGCCAGGUGUGUCUGAGAUCCACCCUGAGGCUGGCUCCUCUUCCCAGUCUUCCCCCUUUCAUUGGCUUCUUCUGUGACCUAGUUAACUUUAAGAAAGUUUUCCUUUUUUUUUUUAAGAUUUUAUUUUGUGUACGUGAGUACACUGUAGCUGUCUUCAGACACACCAGAAGAGGGCAUCGGAUCCCAUUACAGAUGGUUGUGAGCCACCAUGUGGUUGCUGGGAUUUGAACUCAGGUCCUCUGGAAGAGCAGUCAGUGCUCCUAACCGCUGAGCCAUCUCUCCAGCCCCAAGAAAGUUUUCAAAUGCAAAAGGACUUUGUUCCAUCUUUAUUUAAAAACAGGAUUGAUCAAUAGAAAGCGUUAGCUGGAGGCAAAUGUGCCACUUCCUUAUUGAUUUCAGCACUGCUGCCCACAGGCAGGCUUCUGGGAGGGUGAAAAGAAAUAUGAACCGCACUCCCAGGAUAGACUGAGCUGCAGUUGCCAGAAGCAGGCCUCCUUUUUAUAUGGAAGAGAUUCUGCAGCACCUAGUCCCUCUCAGUGAGCUGCAUGUACAGUCUCACAGCUCCGAGUGGCUGCUGACUGCUGCUCUGGGAAGUUUCCUGCCGUGGCUUUACUAAUCACCAGAUACUAUUCCGGGUUGUUGUUGGCAUUCUGGCUAAGCUCCACCCCCCCACAGCUACCUGGCAGUAGCCAGGUAUGCUCCGCCCCACAGUUGCCUGGCAACAGCCAGCUGUGCCUGACUAUAAAGGGGGCUGCUUGCCCCCUCCUCUCCCUCUCCCUCUUGCUCUCUUUGUUCUUCUCUUCUCUGCUCUCUUCCCCACUGUCCCUGUUCCUUCUCUGCACCCCACCCUCGCUCCCCUCCACGUGCUCAUGGCCGCCUUUCUUCUCUUCUACUCUUCUCUCAUUAAACCUCUCCAUGUGGAGCCAUGUUGGCUUGGUGUGCUCUGUCUGGGCGCGAGCAGAGAUUUAAACCCCAACAGUUAUAUAUACCAAAGCCUACUGACUUCCUGCUAACUAACACAUGCGGCUAGUUAACACACCUACUAACGAGCACGGCUGUGAGCCAGAGUACGGAGGACGUGGGAUGUGUCCUCCAUGGUAGUCAGUUGUGCACCAGCAAAACCAAGCCAGUGAGUGCCAGGAAAGUCUGUCCACCGAGGGGAGGUACUGAGAAACCGGAGUAAGAGAGUUAGUUGUGGGCAGACCCCGCCUUAUGUCACCUGCCCUGUCAGUUCAGCAGCUGUGCCCUGUCACUAGCCCAUUGUACUACUUGUCCACCAAGCGCCCAAGCACACACAUGCUGCCUCUCCCCUGCUAGAGAAGCCACAGUCCCAGACUGAGGGGACAGAUCUCCCUGGCCUCCCACUUCAGUUAACACACAUUCCCAAAGAAGGAUAUGAGCAUCACUCUUGUCUUUAUUAGACUCUUCGCCAAAGCUGUCCUCAAGAGAACUUACUGGAUGCUGGAUAAUCUUUUAAAAUAAAAAAAUAUGGCUCUGGAAAUGUAGAAGGCUUGCACAUUUGACCCCAAGAGAUACCCUAGUUCAAUGCGAGGUGAGAGGCCUUUCCCAGCAGGCUUGAGAUUAUCAGCCCAGAUGGGACUGUAGAGGUCUGCUCUGCCUGAGCAUGGGGCCCAGAAGGAAGGGGAAGGGCCAGCAGUCAUCCUGCACAGUGCAGUUGCCUACCGCAGGGCUAGAGUCAGAGACAAGCCUCCAGCAGUUUCCCUUUCCUUUCCUGUAUCCAGGACGAUUUCUCAGAGGAAAGAAUGUGAGGGCAUUAGUAUCACUAUCUGUUUGAUUACUGUGUUGACAUUUUUAAAGUGCCAUUAAUCAUAGGAAAUGGAACUUAAUGAUGUAGAAAAUACCCAGCCAGAGAAUGUCAAGGAAGGGAGCCAUGGCCUGGAAUGCACAGGAAACUGGAGCAAACUGCUUCUUAACCAUAAUUUGUUACUUUGUGUUGUUGUGGUUUUACCUCAGCUCAUUAAGGGCAGCAUCUGUGUAGGCAAGGGAGGGAGCGAGCAAGCCGGGCAAAGGUGAGGUCUAAAGGCAGCAGUGUGGCUGUGUGGUGUGUAGAGCGUAUGGAAGGAGCAUCCAGCUUUCAGUUAUAGCUUUGAGGUUGUACUUGCGUUCUUUUGGAGGAAAAAGUCACCUUUUCUCUCACACCUUCCCUUCUAUGCUGUUGGGUUGCUGGAGGAGCGGGAGAGUGCCCCGCCCCUAACCACCCUCUAGGACUUCCUUACCUGUUGAAUGCUCUGAGCUUUCUAGGGAAUUUGACUUGUGUGUGGCUCAGUGGCAUUUGUGUCAUUGGAACUGGCAGUGUCAGGCCACAGGCAGAGCUAUGCAUGUCCAGCUAGGAUGUGGAGCGUGGGCAGUGUCAGAAGCCAGCAGUGCUUGACACAUGCUGUGUUGCACUCUGGUAUCAUCAAUAGAUCGUAUUUGACUAUUAAUCUAAAUUCAAGUGGUUUCCUACUGAAAAUUGCAGGAAGCGUGAGAUAAUGUGACACUGAAAUGUCGGGCACGGCUCACUGUAAAACGUUCUUGGGCCAGCUUGGAGCAGGUGCCACACUUGGAAACCUUCUCCCCUUUGCCCACAUGGCCUUUAGCUAAAUCUUAGCAUAGCACCCAGCAUACUAUAGACUAUCCGACUGGUGUAUGGUGUCCUAGGGUAAGAGAAUCUGAAAGUGACCUAUAUUGGACCUUUUUUUUUUUUUUUUUUUUUUUG